GUUGCUGGUCUUUACUGUGGGCCUGCUGCGGCACCGUCUGCUGAAGCGAAGGGCGAUGGCCGCGGCCGUGGCUGCUGCAGUGGGCGACGUGCCGAUUGGGCCUCCGCUGACCCCUGUGGCUCCUGCUGCGCCGGCCUGCGCCCUCGGCCUUCCGAAGGUGGGCUCCUUCUCGGGCCGUUCUGCCCGCUCCGCCGCCUCGGCUCCAACUGCGGCCUCGAGCCACACGCGCGCCAGGACCGAAGAGUGCAUCGACCUA